UGUCACUAUCACCACCCCACCAUCAUCAUCAUCAUCACUGCCCCAUGUAGAGCAAAAUCGGACAGUACACGAUACAAACCACAGCGACACUGCCAGCAAACACACUGAAGUAAUCGGGGCGGGGGGAAGAGCAGGCAGAAGAGAGCGAGACAAGGGUAGGAAAGUUAAAGGACGGAAGAAGAAGCAUGUGAAAAAGUGAAAAUCGAUCAUCUUCCAGCCAGUCAGCCAGCCAGCCAGCCAGUCAACGCUAGUGUCCAUCUUUUUGCCAUCCAGAACGUAGCAAACGUCUGGAGAGUGAACGGGCGGACGCAGAAGGGUAAAAGGGAAAGCGGAGGAAAAACGCUGGAACCGAGCUGGGAAAGAGUACGCCACACACCAUGGCAGAUCUUACGCGACCGCCGCUGUGUGACAUCAAGCGACCCGAGGAAGUGGUGAAAAUGUCGAUGACGGACAACCUCAAGUUCGCCGUCCUGAUCGGGCUGAUCGAGGUGGGCCAGGUGUCGAACCGGGAGGUGGUCAACACGGUGCUGCAUCUGCUGGUCGGCGGCGAGUUCGACAUGGAGCUCAACUUCGUCGUGCAGGACGCGCAGAACGUGAAACACAUGCUCGAGCUGCUGGACCACUGUCCGGCCAACCUGCAGGCCGAGGUGUGGAGCGUGUUCAUCGCGAUCCUGAAGAAGAGCGUCCGCAACCUGCAGGCGUGCACCGAGAUCGGCCUGAUCGAGCAUGUGCUGGCACGGUUGCAGCAGGCCGAACCCAUCGUGGCCGAUUUGCUCAUCGAGAUGCUGGGUGUGCUCGCCAGUUACAGUAUUACGGUGAAGGAGCUGAAGCUGCUGUUCGGCGCAAUGAAGGCGGUGAACGGGAAAUGGCCCCGCCAUUCGGCCAAGCUGCUGAACGUGCUGAAGCAGAUGCCACACCGGAACGGGCCGGACGUGUUUUUCAGCUUCCCCGGCCGCAAGGGUUCGGCAAUCGUGCUGCCACCGUUGGCGAAAUGGCCGUACGAGAACGGGUUCACUUUCAGCACCUGGUUUCGGCUGGAUCCGAUCAACUCGGUUAACAUAGAGCGUGAAAAGCCCUACCUAUACUGUUUCAAAACGUCCAAGGGUGUCGGCUACACGGCACACUUUGUGGGCAACUGCCUGGUGCUAACGUCCAUGAAGGUGAAGGGUAAGGGGUUCCAGCACUGCGUCAAGUACGAGUUUCAGCCGCGCAAGUGGUACAUGAUUGCCAUUGUAUAUAUCUACAACCGGUGGACGAAGAGUGAGAUCAAGUGCCUGGUGAAUGGGCAGCUAGCGUCAAGCACGGAGAUGGCCUGGCUAGUGUCGACGAACGAUCCGUUCGACAAGUGUUACGUUGGCGCCACGCCGGAGCUGGACGAGGAGCGCGUGUUCUGCGGACAGAUGGCCGCCAUCUAUCUCUUCUCGGAGGCACUAACCACGCAGCAGAUCUGUGCAAUGCAUCGGCUCGGCCCUGGCUACAAGUCCCAGUUCCGCUUCGACAACGAGUGCUAUCUGAAUCUGCCGGACAACCACAAGCGGGUGAGUGAGGCGAAAGCCAUCCUAUCGUCGCUUUCCCCAACGCCACUGGCUCCGACCGAGUCCACUAUCCAUAGAACGCUCGUGAGUGGCAGCACUGCUGCUGCCGCCGCCGCUGCUACUAGUGCCGCCGCUGCCGACCACCACCCAUCCUCGUUUUCCUCACCCACGACCGCGGCCUUGGCCAGUCCCGGUGUUGCGCUUGCUUCCGCCGCCCCGGGCUUCGGUGGCGAACCGUUUGAUUUAGUAUCCGUACUGUACGAUGGCAAACUGUCCAGCGCUAUCGUCUUCAUGUACAAUCCGGUCGCGACCGACGGUCAGCUGUGCUUACAGUCGGCUCCCAAGGGCAAUCUGUCGUACUUCGUGCACACACCGCACUCGCUUAUGCUGCAGGACGUAAAGGCUGUCGUGACUCAUUCCAUCCACUGUACGCUGAACUCCAUCGGCGGUAUACAGGUGCUGUUUCCGCUCUUUUCCCAGCUCGAUAUGCCUUACGAAGGCACUGAUGUGCGAAAGGAUCCAACGCUAUGUGCCAAAUUGCUUGGAUUCAUUUGCGAACUCGUCGAAAGUUCACAAACGGUACAGCAGCACAUGAUACAGAAUCGUGGUUUCCUGGUGAUAUCCUUCAUGCUUCAGCGUUCCUCCCGCGAUCACCUCUCGCUAGACGUGCUGGGAUCGUUUCUGAGCCUGACCAAGUAUCUGGUGACCUGCCUGUCCGCCAACUCGGAUCUCUUGCUCAAGCAGCUCUUCUGUUUCUCUUUCCUAACCUGGCAGCUGCUAGAUCACGUGCUGUUCAAUCCGUCGCUGUGGAUCUACACGCCCGCGACGGUACAGGCCCGCCUGUACGCGUACCUGGCGACGGAGUUCCUCAGCGACACGCAGAUCUACAGCAACGUGCGGCGCGUCAGCACCGUCUUGCAGACGGUGCACACGCUCAAGUUCUACUACUGGGUGGUGAACCCGCGCGCCAAGAGCGGCAUCACGCCGAAGGGUCUGGAUGGACCGCGGCCGGCCCAAAAGGACAUCCUUGCGAUUCGUGCGUACAUCCUGCUGUUCCUGAAGCAGCUGAUCAUGAUCGGCAACGGUGCGAAGGACGACGAGCUGCAGAGCAUCCUGAACUAUCUGAUGACGAUGCACGAGGACGAGAACCUGCACGACGUGCUGCAGAUGCUGAUCUCGCUGAUGUCCGAGCAUCCGAGCUCGAUGGUGCCGGCGUUCGACGUGAAGCAUGGCGUGCGCACCAUCUUCAAGCUGCUCGCCGCCGAAAGUCAGCUGAUACGGUUGCAGGCACUCAAGCUGCUGGGCUUUUUCCUGUCGCGUAGCACGCACAAGCGCAAGUACGAUGUGAUGUCGCCGCACAAUCUGUACACGCUGCUGGCCGAGCGGCUGCUGCUGUACGAGGAGUCCGUCUCGCUGCCGACGUACAACGUGCUGUACGAGAUUAUGACCGAGCACAUCUCGCAGCAGAUACUGUAUGCCAAGCAUCCCGAGCCGGAAAGCCACUACCGGCUGGAAAACCCGAUGAUCUUGAAGGUGGUGGCGACGCUAAUCCGCCAGUCGAAGCAGUCGGAGCAGCUGAUCGAGGUGAAGAAGCUGUUCCUCUCCGACAUGACGCUGCUGUGCAACAACAAUCGCGAAAACCGGCGCACCGUGCUGCAGAUGAGCGUCUGGCAGGAGUGGCUGAUCGCGAUGGCGUACAUCCAUCCGAAGAACUCGGAGGAGCAGAAGCUGUCCGACAUGGUCUACUCGCUGUUCCGCAUGCUGCUCCACCACGCGAUCAAGUACGAGUACGGCGGGUGGCGCGUCUGGGUGGACACGCUCGCGAUCGUCCACUCGAAGGUGUCGUACGAGGAGUUUAAGCUGCAGUUCGCGCAAAUGUACGAGCACUACGAGAAGCACCGGACGGACAACAUUACCGAUCCGGCGCUGCGCCAGCAGCGGCCGAUCAGCACGAUCAGCGGCUGGGAGCACGGUGCGAACGGGAGCACCGGCAAGGAGGGCGAGCUGGACAUGCACGGCAAGUGCGUGAAGCAGAUGGCGGUACCGCCGGGGGCGGCGGUGGCGCCCGGGUGCGUUUGCGAGCCGGAAACGGGCGAAACGAUGAUCGACACGAGCGUGAUGGUGAAACAGCAGCAGCAGGCGAUCGCGUUUCAGGACGCGCCGGCGGGCAGUAAUGGUUACGUGCGGGGCGGCGAACCGGACCUGCUCGAGGAAGACGAAACGUGCCUGCCGGAUGGCGCGCCGGAUGGGAUGGAAGGUGAAGAGGAGGAAGAGAACGACGACGCCGAUGGGGUGGAUGAGGAAGAGGAGGAAGUGGAGGAAGAGGAAGAGGAUGAGGAGCAGGAUGAGGAGGAAGGGGAUGAAGGGCAGCGAGCGUUCGGUAGUGGGCAGCAGCAAGUGUCUGGCAGCGAAUCGAUCAUCAAUACCAACACCACCACCACCACCACCGAGCAUGUGGUGAAAACGAUCGUCGAUGAAAUCAUCGACAAGUCGGCCAAUAUGCUGGUGGAGCAGCAGCAGCAGCAGCAGCAGCAGCACGGUGAGACCAAGGAGGCACCGGCCGAACCAACCUCCUCGCCAGUGAUCAAGGACGAGGAGAUCGAGCUGGCGGUGAACGAGGUCGUAAAGAUGAACCAGAACUCGCUCAAACCGGUCGAAGGGGAUGGAGGCGAUGUGGAUGCUGGCGCCGACAGCAACCAGCAGUGUGGCGACGAAUCGACCCGCGGCAGUGUGGAGCCGGUCGGCACGUCGGAACCGUCCACCGUCAGCAGCUCGCCGUCUGUUGUGUGCGUCAGUGAUAGGUCGAAUGAUAGAGCGACCGUGCCAGCGUCGCCGGUGCUGCAGGGCGAACCGGACGCACGGAAGGUGGCUGCCGCAGUGGACAGCAUCGUGGAGGAGCUCCUGGAUCGGUGCUUCCCUGCAUCGGAGCAGGAGGAGGGUGACGGUGCGACGGCACUUGCCGCCGAAAUGCAGGAGGUCGUGGAAUCGAUCAUAACGGAUGCGGUCGAGCAGGCGGAGAAAGGCGCAAGCACUGCAGUAGUCGGCGAGCAGCAGCAGCAGGAGGAUGGCAGUGGUACUGAUGUGCAGCGCCACCACCAUCACCAUCGGCACCAUCCUCACCAUCAUCAUCACCAUCACCAUCAUCAUCACCACACUCACGAGGGUGAGGAGCAUCAGCGCAUUUCCGUGGUGUCGGAUGCGAUGGAGGGUAUGGCAAUCAGUGAGAAGCAGCGCGCCGGCGGCAACAGCUUGAUCGAGGAGGACGAAGAAGAAGUGGAAGAAGAGGAGGAGGAAGAAGAGGAAGAGGAAGAGGAGGAAGAGGAGGAUGAUGGGGAGGUGUUGGUGGCCGAGACGGAGGAGCCGCUCGAUGCUGCCGAUGAGCGUGCCGGUGGUGCUGUCAGCGCAGACACUGCCAGUGACGGAGCCGCUGCCGGUACGGCGGACAGUGGCAAACCGAACAGCAAUAGUACGCUCAGUGCCGGAUCCAAGCGUGCCGUUAGCGUGUCCACCAAUACACAGCAGUAUCUCGAUGCACAAUCGCACCCGAAACAAGCCGCCCAGCCGCUGCAGCAGCAGCAGCAACCGACAGCGGCCUCCCAAACGCCACCGGUGCAACCGAUGAGCUACGAAAGUGGCAGUAGUACCGCUGGCGGUGGUGGUGGUGCCAAGCGUUCCAAGUCAUCCUCGACACGGCCCAUGUUUUCGCCCGGCCCGACCCGGCCCCCGUUCCGCAUACCGGAGUUUAAAUGGUCCUACAUCCACCAGCGUCUGCUCUCCGACGUGCUCUUCUCGCUCGAAACCGACAUCCAGGUGUGGCGCAGCCACUCGACCAAGAGCGUCCUCGACUUUGUCAACUCGGCGGAGAAUGCCAUCUUCGUGGUCAACACGGUGCAUCUGAUCUCGCAGCUGGCGGACAAUCUGAUCAUUGCGUGCGGGGGGCUGCUGCCACUGCUGGCCAGCGCCACCUCGCCCAACUCCGAGCUGGACGUGCUCGAGCCGACGCAGGGCAUGCCGCUCGACGUGGCCGUCUCGUUCCUGCAGCGGCUGGUCAACAUGGCGGACGUGCUGAUCUUUGCCAGCUCGCUCAACUUCAGCGAGCUCGAGGCGGAGAAGAACAUGUCGUCCGGCGGCAUACUGCGCCAGUGCUUGCGGCUGGUGUGCACCUGCGCAGUGCGCAACUGUCUCGAGUGCAAGGAGCGCACGCGCGGCCUCUACAACGGCAUGUCGCUCAAGGACAUUCCGGGCGGGGUGCAUCUGCAGGCGCUGAUACGCGGCGCCCAGUCAACGUCCAAGACGAUCAUCGAGUCGCUGUCCGGGCCGAUGAGCCCGGUCAAGGAUCCGGAGAAGCUGCUCCAGGACAUGGACAUCAAUCGGCUGCGGGCGGUCAUAUACCGCGAUGUGAAACGACUCUUUCAGGAGGAAACGAAGCAGGCACAGUUCCUGUCCCUCGCCAUCGUCUACUUCAUCUCGGUGCUGAUGGUGUCGAAGUAUCGGGACAUCCUGGAACCGCCGGUCGAGCUGCAGAUACACCGCAACUCCUCGCCGGUCAUCCACCGCUCGACGCCAACACAGGAGUCAAGCAAUAGGCCACUGUUUCCGCAAUGGUCGCACCACGUGUACCCACAGUUCCUACCCGGAUCCCAUCCGAACCACCAGCCGACGAUCGUGCACGGCAGCAGCAACACCAUCACCUCCUCCUCGUCGCAAACCAUCUCAUCGUCGUCCGGCUCCUCGUCCGCCGGCGGAUGUGGCAAUCUGCUUAACAGCAACAACAACAACAACAACAACAACAAUAACAACAACAAUAGCAACCUUAUCAACAACAACACUUCAGGGGGUAGCAUCAAUCACAAGGACGUUGCCGGGGCCAGCGUGAACGGGAGCACCUUGCCACUGUACUACGGCCAUGCGGCAACGGCCACAAACACGGCAACCAGCAACACACUGAACAACAACAACAACAACAACAACAACGGACAAGGCUUCGGUACCGGGCCAGGCAAUUGUAUCUUCACCAGCGAAAUGCUCAACUGCUACUCACCGGCUGCUGCUGCGGCCGCCGCCGCCUCUGCUGCCGCCAUCGCCGGUGGCCAUCUGCAGCAGCAGCACCAUCAGCAACAGCAGCAGCCCCAGCACUACACCCAGCAGCAGCAGCAGCAGCACGGGCUCAACAACAACUCCCUUACGGCGCUGGUUAAUGCGGGCGGGGUCGGCUCGUACGGUGCGGGUGGCGCACCGGUCGUUGGGCUGCGCGCUGUCGGACGGACUGCCGGAACCACCGUCACUGCCGCCGGUCUGCACAACGGUGUCGGCGUCGGUCACGGUGGCAAGCUAUCGAAAGGAACUCAAUCCAUGCAGGAAGGCGAUUACGAGGUGAUAGUGGUCGACGAGAACAACUCCUCCGUUAUAGCGGACAACGAUUCACACUCCAGUGGUCCGCUGUCGAUAAAGGCCGUAACUUCCGCCAGCAACUCGAGGCGUACGUCGACGGUGAAGCAACAUCAUCCGACCGAUCAUCCCGGGCUACCCGCGGCGGUUAACGCAGGCGAACCGCACCUUCAUUCCUGCUACCAGCAGCCAAUGCUCUCGUCGGUCGGUCUGACCGGCACCAUGGCCACCGUUACAGCACCGCCGGCGACAGCAACCAUCGCCGUAAGCGACGAACGCGCGGAGCUAGCGCAGCGAGCAGUGCCCCAGGGACAGGUGAAGAGCGUGGACUCCGAUGGCGGUUCGCUGAAUCUGAACUCGACCGAGAACGACCCGCAGGAGGUGGAAACGUCGAGCGAAAUUAUGCCGGACGAUAACAAACCGACCAACUCGAACGACGAAAGCUGGACGGACGUGAACCUGAACGACGAUGGGGCGAGCGAGUUGAAGCCGCCGCGCACGGACGGUGGCGCGCUGGGCAUCGGCGGUGUGCCCGGCAGCAACGGCAGCGGUGUCGGUACGGGCGCGGGAAGCCUCGGCCCGAUGGCCAGCGCGCUCAGUGGCCGGAUGGAGGGCGUCACGGGAGCGGGCGUGAACCUGGGCGGUGGCGGGGCCGGCGGUACCGGCGGCGUGAAGCACGAGUCGGACAUUGCCGUGGUGCGCGUACCGGACGGGUACGGUGGCCAGGUGGUGGGCCCGACCGGCGGUUCGGUACGCGGCCGGCCGGAGGACCUCAACCUGAAGGCGCCGUUUGUGAGCCAGCUGCCGCUGGCGAUACCGUCGCGCGAGGCCAGCCUCACCCAGAAGCUGGAAAUAGCGCUCGGUCCCGUCUGUCCGCUGCUGCGCGAAAUCAUGGUCGACUUUGCGCCGUUCCUGUCGAAAACGCUCGUCGGCUCGCACGGCCAGGAGCUGCUGAUGGAGGGCAAGGGGCUGACGACGUUCAAGAACAGCCAUUCGGUGGUGGAGCUGGUGAUGCUGCUCUGCUCGCAGGAGUGGCAGAACAGCCUGCAGAAGCACGCGGGCCUAGCGUUCAUCGAGCUUAUCAACGAGGGCCGGCUGCUGUCGCACGCGAUGAAGGACCACAUCGUGCGGGUCGCGAACGAGGCCGAGUUCAUACUGAACCGCAUGCGGGCGGACGACGUGCUGAAGCACGCCGACUUCGAAUCCCAGUGCGCCCAAACGCUGCUCGAGCGGAGGGAGGAGGAGCGCAUGUGCGACCAUCUGAUCACGGCGGCCCGCCGCCGGGACAACGUGAUCGCGAGCCGGCUGCUGGAGAAGGUGCGCAACAUCAUGGGCAACCGGCACGGGGCGUGGGGCGACAUGAACGCGAACUACCAGAAGCAGAUCUUCUGGAAGCUGGACGCGUGGGAGGACGACGCGCGGCGCCGGAAGCGCAUGGUGCAGAACCCGCGCGGCUCCAGCCACCCGCAGGCGACGCUGAAGGCGUCGCUCGAGAACGGUACGACCGGGGGAACGGCGGCAGCGGCCAGCUCCAGCACCGCCAGCACUGCAGCAGCCAGCGCAGAGGAAGCGGUCGGUGGUGGGGACACGACGACCCCGACCAGUGCCCGACUGGCCGGUGGUGGUGGUGGUGGUGGUGGUGUGGCGCGGGAGGAAAUCUACUCGCAGAUUGCGGUUCCCCGGUCGCAGCAGCCCGACCUGCUGGACGAUUCGGAGCUGCUGAUCGAGGACCGGGAGCUGGACCUCGACCUGACCGGCCCGGUCAACAUCAGCACGAAGGCGAAGCUGAUCGCGCCGGGCCUGGUGGCGCCCGGCACCAUGUCAAUUACCUCCACCGAGAUGUACUUCGAGGUGGACGAGGAGAACGGCGAGUUCCAGCAGAUCGACCAGGAGGUGCUGAAGUACUGCGACCAUCUGCACGGCAAGUGGUACUUCUCCGAGAUACGGGCCAUCUUCUCCCGCCGCUAUCUGCUGCAGAACGUGGCGCUCGAGAUCUUCCUUGCCAGCCGCACCUCGAUCCUGUUCGCCUUCCCCGACCAGCACACGGUGAAGAAGGUGAUCAAGGCGCUGCCGCGGGUGGGCGUCGGCAUCAAGUACGGCAUCCCGCAGACGCGCCGCGCGUCCAUGAUGUCGCCCCGGCAGCUGAUGCGCAACUCGAACAUGACGCAGAAGUGGCAGCGGCGCGAGAUCUCCAACUUUGAGUAUCUGAUGUUCCUGAACACGAUCGCGGGCCGCACGUACAACGAUCUCAACCAGUACCCGGUGUUCCCGUGGGUCAUCACCAACUACGAGUCGCGCGAGCUCGACCUCAGCCAGCCGUCGAACUAUCGCGACCUGUCCAAACCGAUCGGUGCGCUCAAUCCGAGCCGGCGCGAGUACUUCGAGGAGCGGUACGAAACGUGGGACACGCCCGGCAUACCGCCGUUCCACUACGGGACGCACUACUCGACCGCCGCGUUCGUGCUGAACUGGCUGAUCCGCAUCGAGCCGUUCACGACGAUGUUCCUGGCGCUGCAGGGCGGCAAGUUUGACCAUCCCGAUCGGCUGUUCUCGUCCGUCGCGCUGUCGUGGAAGAACUGCCAGCGCGACACGUCCGACGUGAAGGAGCUCAUCCCGGAGUGGUACUUCCUGCCGGAGAUGUUCUACAACGCGUCCGACUACCGGCUCGGGCAGCGGGACGACGGCAGCACGGUCGGGGACGUCGAGCUGCCGCCGUGGGCGAAAACGCCCGAGGAGUUUGUGCGCAUCAACCGGAUGGCGCUCGAGUCGGAGUUCGUCUCCUGCCAGCUGCACCAGUGGAUCGACCUCAUCUUCGGCUACAAGCAGCGCGGCCCGGAAGCGAUGCGGGCGACGAACGUGUUCUACUACCUCACGUACGAGGGCAGCGUCGAUCUGGACACGAUCGGCGAUCCGGUGACGCGGGACGCGAUCGAGAACCAGAUCCGCAACUUCGGCCAAACGCCCAGCCUGCUGCUGAUGGAGCCGCAUCCGCCCCGGUCGUCCGCCAUGCACCUGUCGCCGAUGAUGUUCAACACGAUGCCGGACGACGUGUGCAUGUCGCUCAAGUUCCACCUCAACUCGCCGAUCAUACACAUCUCGGCGAACACGUACCCGCAGCUGCCGCUGCCGUCGGUCGUCACCGUGACGGCGGGGCACCAGUUUGCGGUCAACCGCUGGAACUGCCAGUACACCGCCAGCAUCCAGAGCCCGAGCUACGCCGAGUCGACGCAAAACCUGAACACGAACCUGCCGCUCACGAUGGAUCCGCUGCUGUCACAAAUCAACGGGCACAACAACAGCAACCAGCAGAAUCGGCGCCACCUGGGCGACAACUUUAGCCAGAAGCUGCAGAUCAAGUCGAACUGCUACGUCACCACCGUGGACAGCCGGUUCCUGAUCGCGUGCGGCUUCUGGGACAACAGCUUCCGCGUGUUCUCCACCGAGACGGCCAAGAUCGUGCAGAUCAUCUUCGGCCACUUUGGCGUGGUGACCUGCCUGUCGCGGUCGGAGUGUAACAUCACGUCCGACUGCUACAUUGCGUCCGGGUCGGCCGACUGCACCAUACUGCUGUGGCACUGGAAUGCCCGCACGCAGUCGAUUGUUGGCGAGGGCGAGAUACCAACACCUCGCGCUACGCUGACAGGACACGAGACGGCCGUCACGUCGGUGGUGAUCAGUGCCGAGCUCGGUCUGGUUGUUUCCGGCUCGAUAAACGGCCCGGUACUAGUCCACACGACGUUCGGUGAUUUGCUGCGGUCGCUCGAGGCGCCGAAGGAUUUCAUCUCGCCGGAAAACAUAACGCUCUCGCGCGAAGGUUUCAUCGUCGUCAACUAUGACGAGGGCAGCGUGGCCGCGUACACGAUCAACGGGAAGCUGCUGCGCUACGAGUCGCACAACGAUAAUCUGCAGUGCAUGCUGCUGUCUCGGGAUGGCGAGUAUUUAAUGACCGCCGGUAACAAGGGCAUCGUGGAGGUGUGGCGAACGUUCAACCUCGCACCGCUGUACGCAUUCCCGGCCUGCAACAGCGGUAUACGUUCGCUCGCCCUCACGCACGACCAGAAGUAUUUGCUGGCCGGUUUGGCGACUGGAUCCAUCAUCGUGUUCCACAUCGACUUUAACCGUUGGCAUCACGAGUACCAGCAGCGCUACUGAAGCCUCCGCUGCUGCUCCGAUCUGAAGGCGCUAGUCAGUCCGAAAUGUAACGUGACGGCACCAGCACCGAGUAGGCAGCCGUGCGCAGGACGAACGUGUGCGUGACAGUGCAAUCAACUUUCCGCCAGGACAGCGGAAUACAGGCGCGGUGCAAGUAACGUCACAGCGCAAACACACACACACAUACGAAAAAAACGCGCAUACAUGCAAGCCACAAACCGUCAAAGUGCACCGACACUUAGAAAUUGCCAAACUCAAUUAAUUGCAUCCUUAAUCGCAAACAUAGUUUUUAGUGACAAAUAGCACGACGACUCGGUUUUCUCAGCAGAACCGACGAAACAGUGUGACGCAGCGAACGACGCAUGUACUUAAACCAUACUUUUAUUCGCAAGAAAAACAACUUACGUACGUGACAUCCCUAACCACACGUACACGUACCUACCCACACACACACACACACAAAAGACUAAGCAAGCAGAACUGGAACUCAAGCAUUCCAAUGAUGACGAUGAUAGGGUUGAAGUGGUGAAGCGAACGAUUCCUCCAUUUUGCGGGUGGGGGGCAUACAUCCAAGAUGUUUUGUCGCUGGCAGGGGGUGGCAGAGGCGCAGCAGCAAGCAGCAAGGCAAACGCGAUACCCCACGUACAAUCCCGCAUUUCAACCGCACUCCGAUAGCUCCACCCCCCUAACUCCCCUUACCCCACGUUUCCGUGGUUUUACUGCAUUGCAUUAACAUGAAGCAACUAGGGGAAGCAUUUUAAUACGAAGAGAAAGGAUGGAGGGAAAGAAUCACACAGCCACAAAAACGGAUAGGAGGUUUAAAAUUAGCUAGCCUUUAUAUGGAAACCGUUGCGUAGAGAGAGAGAGAGAGAGAGAGAGAGAGUAAAAAACCCUCGGAUUAUUGAUCAUAUGAGGGUGAGCUAGUGAAACCUGCAUGGGGCACUAAAGGUGAAUCGUUUUGUCACGGUGCUGACAGGACACACGCGGCGGCAUGAUUCAGGUGCUGCCCCCGUCGUGUUGACGCAGUUGAUUAUACGGUAUAAAGCUUUAUUUGCGAUUUGCAGCUCGAUUUGUUCUUUUUAACUGAAUCCUGUACAUGUUGUGCUUGAGGUGGAGUAAUGUUUUGUUUUUUUUAUAUUUAUUCUCGGAGCCUAUUCAGCACUACGCUUUAUCCUACGUGUCCUACGUGUGCAUAUGUGUGUGAUACUGUACUGCUGUUAGCGUUCCUCUUCUGGUGAACCCCGUCCAAGUGUGGAUGUUUUAAGAAACUUUUUUUUUUGGUCUAUAUUUGGCAGCUUAUAAAGAUAAGCAAGCAAAUGCGUUCUGUGCCCCGAUAGCUUACUCUAUAGUCCUUUCGCAAGGACUGUUUACUCUCAUGGGUCCCGAGCAAGCAUCGUUAAUAGGACUGUUGGCGCGGAACAGGAAAGGAUAAGCAAGCAAAUGAAACGCAAUAACUUAGCUGUAAACAAUAUCGAUAAACUACCUAGACUACCGUAAAGCAACAAAACACACACACAGACACACACACACAACCAACACAUGCUGACACACAUACAGAACACCGAUUUACAUUAACGCAAGGUUCAUUAGUACAUGAAUGCCAAAUUGUAAAGAUUUUAAUAACAGCCUUUUAAAGAAAUCGAUUAUAAAGCAAAAACAAAAAAGUAUAUAUAUUAUACAUAUAUUGAGCUAACAGCAAGUUGCUGCUGCAAUGUAGGUGGGGGUGGUGGAUGUUAAUUGGAUGGGGAGGGGGGGGGGGAGGAGACGGAUACUGUGAAACUAAACAGAGGAGUAGUAACACACUGCAUUUACAUUAUACGGGCGUAAGAGUGAGAGAAGUGCAAAAAAAGUAAGACAAACAAAAAAAAGAACAAGCAAACAAACAUACACAAACGAAAUCAAAUGCCGCCUGUUCUGGCCUCUGAUUAGCGCGUGGUCGCAUUUAAAAACAAAACAAAAAAGACGGGAAAUGACGGUAAUGUAGAGAAAUUGGCGAAUUUGUGUGUAUGUACUAUGCGCCAGAUACAUUCCCCAAAUGGUAGUGCAAUGGUGGUGGUGGAGGUGAAAAGCUACACAGGCGUAUAGACGAGCGUAAUUAUAGCAUAAAAGCGCCAGUAGUAAUAUUAAUGGGUUAAGGAAAAGACGUAAAACGGAAGGGUGUGAGAGAUAGCGAUAAAAAAAAAACACACACACACAAGGCGAAGCAAAGAGGUUAGAGAGAUAUGCAACAUUCUGAGGUUAUCCGUCCGCGAAUAUUUACAUUAGCCAUUACAUACAAACGAUUAAAAAAAACAUAUGAGUAAAGAAACAAAGCUGAACGUAAAAACACAA